AGAACGGGAAAGUCCUCCGCCCCCUUCCCCAUAACAUCUCAAAUGAAAGCAGUUCCGUAUUCCGUGCCGCUAUUACAACCAUCACUUUCAAUAGCCCAAAUUCGGUCAAGCCUGUUUGUAAAAAUCAUUGCGCAUCAUCGACAUGGACCCAUCAUAGAAGGUCUGUCUAAAAGGUAUGUUUAAUUACCUUUGAUGUCAUGAAGGACGAGAAGGCCAGGGGCCCUUCAGCAGUUGAGCCACGGAGUGGUUAAUCUGUUCUCCCUUCAUUCCCACUUUGGUAACUUGACAAUGACAUCACAUAGAAAUCACCUGGUGAAGGACUUCAACCAUUUCAUCACCUGUUAUGUCUGUAAAGGGUACCUGAUCAAGCCAACUACUGUGACAGAGUGCCUGCACACCUUUUGCAAAAGCUGUAUAGUCCAGCAUUUUGAGGACAGCAAUGAUUGCCCAAAAUGUGGUAUCCAGGUUCAUGAAACGAAUCCCUUGGAGAUGUUAAGGCUGGACAACACUCUUGAAGAAGUGAUAUUCAAACUUGUGCCUGGUCUUAGAGAAAAGGAACACCAGCAAGAGAUUGAAUUUUGGAGAAGAAACAAAUCGAAAGAAAAUUCGAAUGAGGAUGGCCCUAUAUGUAAGAAAGCCCGAGUAGAUGAAGAUGAUGAUGAUAAAGGUGAUGGUGACUACCACAGGAGUGAUACUCAGAUAGCCAUCUGUCUGGACUGCUUGCGUAACAAUGGGCAGAUAGGAGAGAACAUUGUUAAGGGUUUAAUGAAAAAAUUUAUUCGCUGCUCAACAAGAGUGACUGUUGGAACAAUUAAGAAGUUUUUAAGUCUGAAGUUAAAGCUUCCCAGUUCGUAUGAGCUAGAUGUUCUAUGCAAUGGUGAGAUCAUGGGUAAAGACCACACCAUGGAAUUCAUCUACAUGACCCGCUGGAGGCUUCGGGGAGAAAAUGUAUACCCAAUGGUACUUGAAUAUCGACCACGCAUCGACUUUGGCUAGGUUGAAAUACUCUGCACUAAUUUCAUCCUAUGAACAGACAGCGAAUUGAAUGGACCAGUUCUGAAGAUGUACUCUACCCAUCUCUUCUGUUUAGUUUCGUUCUUUUUUUUGUUAAAAGAUUGUCAUUUACAACAUUGUGAAUUAUAUUUCUUCCGUGUUGUGGUUUAUUUACUAAAGUGAUGCAAAAGUCAUGUUUAAAGGCCUUCCGUAAUUUGCAUAUGAUGGUAGCUCCCUUUAAAAAUGUCACGUUAUGAAAAUGUAAGUAAAUGCGGCAGUGCCUUUUCCAUUACAUCCUCUUAUGAAGAGAUUCAGGCAGACGUUGAGUUUAUAAAGAGUUGUUUUUACAGAAUUGUUGCCUUUUGUGUUCUAUGGACAAAACAAGCCCUACAAGGUUUUGAAAAACAUAAGGGUGAGUGUCAGAAUGUGAAUUUUAGGGUUUAAUAUAAGCUCCUGGUGUUUAAAGCUUAUGGGCAUGAUUAGAACUUCAAACAUCCUCUAAGGCUUUUAAGCUGGUCUGUUUUUGAUUUUGCGCACUUAAGGGGUUUUAUUUAUUAUUGGCCAUACCUCUAUGCUCUCAAAAAUGCCGUUUCUUUUAUAUGGUUUUGGUGACUUCUGCAUAUGUGCCUCAUUUAAAAAAAAAGUUGAAUUUAACUUUGCUAAACACAUCGAAUAGAGGCUUAAAAAUGUUAUCAUACUUCCGUGGCAUCAUAAUUGAGAAACAAUUCAGUUUUACCGUCAUUUCAUUUUGGUUUAUGGAUGGCAGGCAAUGAGUUAAAAUCUUCCUAACAAUAUGUAAUGCUCUGGUUAUUUUUUUUUUUUUUUUUUUUUACUUUGGAUUUUAUAGAAACAUAGGUAUAAUGUUAAUUGCUUUCUUAAAUCAAAGCUUUUGAGUCAUGCUUGCCUGUUUUAUGUCAGAAUAAAAACCGAAUCAAGGAGUCCAAAGAAAGAAAUGUCAAAGCAAAGGAAGAAACCAUACUUAAUUCUUGCAAAAUAGAAUUAAGGGAUUUGCUGGGCCACAUUACAGUAUAUUAGUCUGGUCAUAUUGCACCAAAGACACUCUACAGCAUCUGACCACAUAGCAUAACAGGCCAAAAAACUGUUUGCUUUGCAACUAUACUCACAAGAGACCAUGUGGCAAAGAUAAAGCUUGAAUUUCUGAGCAUGGAACAAAACAACCUAAUUUCUCAGAGUUCAAUUUUGUUCCAGUAUAUUUGUGAAUUUUUCCUUAAAAAUCUCCCUGAAACAUAACUUCUGAUAAAAUCACAUACAUUUGAGUUGUUUCUGUUUCCAAAAAUAGAAAAUAUUAUUUUGCAAUUGUUUUCACAUUAAAAAGGUGACUGAAAUAUAAAAUAAUGUACGGACACUGAAUAAUAUUUGUUUAGAAUGGUCCCUUGAAUGUCCUUGUACUGCAAUGAUAAACAUGUAUUUUUGUAAGAAGCCCUUGUAGAUAUUUUAUCUUUAAAAAAAAUGGAUAUAUAUAUGUUGUAUGUAACAAACAUGAAAUGCUGCUUAGAAUAUUCUAUUUUUUUUCAAUGUAAAGUUCCUGAGGUGAUUCCUAUAGAUUAGAAAUGUAUACAACAUAUGACUUGUAUACUUGAGUUAUUGUAUUUGUGUGUAUUUGUCCGGAAAAAAAUACACUCUUGAAUAUCGAUGA